CAACAGUGUGUACUACAAGCCUACAGAUUUGUUGUCUUCUCCACAUCCAGUUAAUAAAUUGCUAGUUAAAUUUAUAAUAAUUGAGUAAGAUAAUAUUAAAAACUAAAUUAUUGUAGGAAUUAAACAGACACGCGCAGUUAUAUAAUAAUCUGUUUGAUUUUCUUUUCUUUUUCGAGCCCCUCUUUCUUUCUCUCACUCUUUCUUUCUAUAGGAACAACAAAACAAAGCUGUUAAAAAUCUCCUAGUUUCUCUCUUUGUGCUCGUGUCGAAGACAAGACGCAGACAAAUGGAUAAACGACGCAGGAGACAGAGCAAGGCCAAAGCGUCAUGUUCCGAAGAAGUGAGUAGCAUAGAAUGGGAAGCCGUGAAGAUGUCAGAGGAAGAAGAAGAUCUCAUUUCUCGGAUGUAUAAACUCGUUGGAGACAGGUGGGAAUUGAUAGCCGGAAGGAUACCGGGAAGGACGCCGGAAGAGAUAGAGAGAUAUUGGCUUAUGACAAACGGUGUCGUUUUCGCCAACAGACGAAGAGAUUUUGUUAGGAGAUGAUUUCUUUAAUGCAUUUUCCUCUCCUUUACAAGACAAGGAAAAAAUGAGUAGUAGUUGUACUUUGAAUUACAUUUUUGGAAUGUAUAAUUAUCUACAUAUAUAUAUAUAUAAAAUUUGCUUAGGA